CUAUAUAUCCAAAAUGUCUUGUCAAAUUUGAUGUGUCUUUAUGCCUAUAAAUUUCAAGUACAAAUCAAUAUAAUGAAGUGAACAUAAACAUAGAAAAACGUAAUGCCAUCUCCAGUUAGCAGUGUACAGGAACCCUCAACAGCCCCAACAACACAUACUCAUACCCAUUCCGUUGAAACAAAGACCGAAAAAAAACCGACAGUUUUAGAAAGUCAUGGGUACUAUUUGGGGAAAACAAUAGGUUCUGGUUCGUAUGCCACAGUGAGGUUUGUGUUUGCUUUUAUUGAUUAUAAGGUAGCACACAGCGAACGGCAUGAAGGCAAUGUUGCAGUAAAAAUUGUGAGCAAAUUUACAGCUCCGGCAGAUUAUUUAAAAAAGUUUUUACCACGCGAAAUAGAAGUAGUUAAAGGACUGAAACAUCCUAAUUUAAUAAGAUUUUUGCAAGCUAUUGAGACAACCCACAGGGUCUACAUAGUUAUGGAAUACGCAGAAAAUGGCAGUCUUCUGGAUAUUAUCCGGAGAGAUUCCCAUAUUGAUGAAAUCAGAUCUAGAAAGUGGUUUAGACAAUUGGUAGAAGCUGUGGAGUAUUGCCAUGAAAGAGGAGUGGUGCACAGGGAUAUAAAAUGUGAAAAUUUAUUAAUGGAUAACGACUACAAUAUAAAGCUCUCGGAUUUCGGCUUUGCUAGGGGUCAUCUUAGGCAAAAAAAUAAUCAGGUGCAACUCAGCGAAACGUUUUGCGGUAGUUACGCUUACGCUUCGCCAGAAAUAUUGAAAGGGGUACCUUAUAAUCCCCAAAUGUCUGAUGUCUGGUCGAUGGGAGUGGUAUUGUACGCUAUGGUAUUUGGGAGGUUGCCCUUUGAUGACACAAAUUAUAACUUGCUACUAAAACAAGUUUCAAGUAAAGUAACAUUUCCAAGGGAGCCAAAAGUAUCUUCGAGUGUAAAACAAUUGAUAGUGAAAGUUUUGGCUCCUCUUAAAGUAAGAGUUAAAAUUUGCGGAAUAAAAAAUGAUUCAUGGUAUAAUCAUUCAUCUGGAGAAAAAGCUAGUACCAGUAAAGAACAAGGAACGGUAAGCAAAUAUUUUUUUUUUAUUUUAAUUUUACUCUACCUGUAACAAUAGUUUAAUUUUUGAGAGUAUACAUAGCAAAAUGUUAUAUUGAGCGAUUAACAUACUGAACUGGCCUUUGCAGGAUCUCAUAUUUUUAGGACGAAAAAAAUACUUAUAAAACACUGAAUUUUUGAGU